CGUCCUGGGCUAAAUGGGUCUAACCCAAUCCUUUAAGUGGAGGGGUUUAGCGUCUUCUUUCUCCUAUCGCUCUUCUAUUUUAUGGUUAGGGUUUAGUGUAUUUUAUCAGUUUGUAUGAUCUGCUUUGAAGGCUGAGAGAGAAAGAGAGAGCUAAAUACAGGGGGAAAGAUGGAUUCUUUUUCAACUGGUUCAAGCGGAACAGGAUCUCCCCAAAUUUCAACAGAUGAAUUCAUGGACCAGAUGAAGGCUCAACUUGCCCAGGCUUAUGCUCAAGAGUUCCUCGAGACUGUGAGGGGGAAGUGCUUUGAAAAGUGUAUCUCAAAGCCAGGAACAAGUCUUAGUGGAAGUGAAAGUAGUUGCAUCUCUAGAUGUGUGGAUCGUUACAUCGAGGCCACCGGUAUUGUUGGCAGAGCUCUUUUCACAUCGCGCUGAAAUUCUUAAACCCAGACUGUUGUUUUUGAAGAAUAUGUUAGCUCGCUGCUAAAGUUUGGAAACGGAAAUCUCAAAUUCAAGGAUGAGUGAGAAUUGCAACAUUGUUUUUUGUUAUGACGUUUUCUAAAUUUGACUUGGAAGAUUAUAACUUUGCAUAAAAUAUUUUCUGAAUUUGUACUUGCCCAGAAA